UUCAAGCCGUAAUGAAGAGAUCGAGCGAGAGGCCCAAAAUGACCAGCACAGUGCGCCGCCGCUGGUCGCGGAGAUCACUUCCCUCCUUCCGAGUUCCGAGCAGUCUCCGGCCCGGCGCAUGCAUGCCCCGCUCCCCCCCACGCAUAUAUAAUCCUCGCCCGCGACGCUCCCGCGCCCGGGUAGCUUAGACGACCACUGCUCAUCACCCCGUUGCUCUCGCGCCGCCCUCCCCGCCGAGCCAAAAAGCCUUCCUCCUCGAAAUAGCACACCUCUCGCCGCCGCUGGUGCGUGCGUGCGUCGACGCGCGCGAUCGAUCGAUGCCUGUGUCCCUCCGGCGCGUCCACCCACGCCAGCCGGCGAGCCUCGUCGGCGAGUUUCGGGGGCGCUGAUUAGAUUUGCCCGGUCUCGAUCGAUUGAUCGGUCUCGCCUUCCCGCCGCGCGAUGGAUCCGCGGGGGAAGGGCAGCAUCACGUCGCAUGCGUCGGACAAGUCGUCGCGGUCGGGCUCGUUCGACUUCGAGCACGACCAGGACCCGGACCGCGACCGCCGCCACGACGACGCCCACCGCCGCGAGGUCGUCGUCAAGAUCGAGCCCGAGGCCCACGUGCCGGUGGACCUCCACGCCGGCGGCAGCCACGCCGCCAACGCGCCGGGCGCUGGCGGCGUGGCGGUGGGGGGCGUGGUCCCGGGGUCCGGGUCGGUGUCGAGCGCGUCGUCCUCGCCAGGCGGUGGGGGCAACGGCGAGUCGUUCAGCUUCAAGAACCGGCCGCCGCAGUCGCCCGCGUCUCCGGCGAUGAGCGUCGGCGGGGAGGGCAGCGACGACCCGCCCACGCGUCUCAUUGGCAGCUUCUUGCGCAAGCAGGCGGCGGCCGGCGGCGAGCUGGCGCUCGACCCUGACCUGGAGAUGGAGGAGAUGAGGAGGCCGCCGCGCGCGCCCACGUCCAUGAACGCCUCCAGGGAGCUCCGCGUCUCGUUCCAAGACCCGCACAAGCGGUUCUCCCCGUCGACGUCGUCGGCCUCCACCUCCUCCUACGCCGGCGACAGCAGGAACCAGGCUUGCAGCACAGCGGAGGCGGCCGAGGUGAUCCGCUGCACGUCGAUGUCCACCGGAAACAACCUGUUGGCGCGGAGCAAGACGCGUUCCCGGCUAAUGGAUCCCCCGCCGCCGACGAUCAGUCACCCCACCGAGGCGGAGCGCAACGACCGCAAGUCGUUCGUCGGCAAGGGGCCGCCCAAGUCAGGGCAGCUCCGGUCGGGCCUCAUCGGCAAGUCGGGGCUCAUCGGCUUGUCAGGCCCCAUCGGGAAGCCCGGCGCCUUCGACGACGACGACGACGACCCGUUCGUGGACGAGGGCCUCGCCGCCGACCUCAAGCGCGACACGGUCGACUGCCUCCUCAUCCUGGAAUGGGUCGGCCUCAUCGUCAUCAUGGGCGCGCUCGUCUGCAGCCUCAGCAUUCGCAGCCUCGCCAACAAGAAGCUCUCGGGUCUCCACCUCUGGAAGUGGGAGCUCCUGGUGUUCGUCCUCAUCUGCGGCCGCCUCGUCUCCGGCUGGGUGAUCCGCAUCUGCGUCUUCUUCGUGGAGCGCAACUUCCUGCUGCGGAAGAAGGUGCUCUACUUCGUCUACGGCGUGCGCCGCGCCGUGCGCAACGUGCUCUGGCUCGGCCUCGCGCUCAUCUCGUGGCACCUCCUCUUCGAUAAGGACGCCAAGCGUGAUUCCCACACGCUGGUGCUCCCUUACGUCACCAAGGUGCUCUGCUGCCUCCUCGUCGCCACCGUGAUCCGCCUCGUCAAGACGCUGCUGCUCAAGGUGCUCGCCUCCUCCUUCCACGUCUCCACCUACUUCGACCGGAUCCAGGACGCACUCUUCAACCAGUACGUCAUCGAGACGCUCUCCGGCCCGCCGCUGGUCGACGAGAGCCGCAUGCUCGCCGAGGUGCAGAGGCUGCAGAGCGCCGGGAUCAACAUCCCCAGCGAGCUCGAAGCAACGGCCAUGCCGAGCAAGCCGCCCAUGCCGGCCAAGAGCGGGCGCCUCACGGUGAACCCGUCGAAGCGAGGAGGAGCAGGAGGUGGGGCCAACAAGCAGCUGCAGAAGCAGAAAUCCGACCGCCAUUGCGACGACGGGAUCACGAUCGACCAGCUUCACAGGCUUAGCCAGAAGAACAUCUCAGCUUGGAGCAUGAAGAGGUUGAUGAAGAUUGUUCGUUACGGGGCGCUGACCACCAUGGACGAGCAGAUCAAGCAUGCAACCGGAGAGGACGAGCUGGCCACGCAGAUACACAGCGAGUACGAGGCCAAGGUUGCUGCCAAGAGGAUUUUCCACAAUGUCGCCAAGCCUCACUCCAAGCACAUAUACUUGUCGGAUUUGAUGCGUUUCAUGAGGCAGGAGGAAGCUCUGAAAGCAAUGGAUCUUUUUGAAGGCGCACAGGAGCACAACAGGGUCAGCAAGAGGUCACUCAAGAACUGGGUGGUAAGCGCGUUCAGAGAGCGCAAAGCUCUUGCUCUAACGCUCAACGACACAAAAACUGCAGUGAACAAGCUCCACCAGAUGGCCAAUGUUGUUGUUGUGGUUAUUGUGAUUGCACUAUGGCUUUCCAUUCUAGGGAUCGCGACGUCACGCUUCUUCGUCUUCAUCAGCUCGCAGCUUCUUGUUGCGGUUUUCAUGUUUGGCAACACUCUGAAGACCAUCUUUGAGGCGAUUGUGUUCUUGUUUGUGAUGCAUCCUUUUGAUGUUGGCGAUCGUUGUGAAGUUGAUGGGAUGCAGGUAGUCGUCGAGGAAAUGAACAUCAUGACGACAAUCUUCCUCCGAUACGACAACCUGAAGGUCUAUUAUCCGAACAGCCAGCUCGCCAUCCAACCAAUCAUGAAUUACUACAGGAGUCCUGAUAUGGGAGAUGCAGUCGAUUUCUCUGUUCAUGUCGCUACGCCUGUGGAGAAACUGGCCCUGAUGAAGGAAAGACUAAUGCAUUACCUUGACAACAAGAAAGAACAUUGGUACCCUGGAUCCAUGGUUGUUCUCCGUGACGUGGAUGACACAAACAAGCUAAAGGUAUCCAUAUGGUGCCGUCACACGAUCAACUUCCAAGACAUGGGGAUGAGAUUCGAGAGGAGGGAGCUAUUGCUCCAAGAAAUGAUCAAGAUCUUGAAAGAUCUAGACAUCGAAUACCGGAUGUUGCCACUCGACAUCAACGUUCGGAAUGCGCCAAUGAUCCAGUCUUUGAGGAUGCCAUCAACAUGGAUAACGUAUUAAUUCUUCUUGAAAUGCAGUACCAAGUUAAACAUGCCUGAUCAGUUCAGUGAUGAGAUUAUGGUUUGAAGUUGCUAGGUAGGCAGCCGUAUUUCUUGAGUAAGGUGACGUAGUACUGUAACUGAAGUGCCCUUCUCCUUUCCUCCAUCUCCUUCUUGCCAAGGGCAUAUUCGGUUGAGUGGAUUGAGCUGUGACAGCUUGCCAAAAUAGCAAGAGGCCGUCUUACUGUCCUUGCAGCCACCGCUUGUGCUUUCCUGUAACUGUAGUGUUAUGUGUUUGGGUACUUCUUAUGAGAACUUUAGACAUGUUGCUACUUAAUAAUUUUGAUGACUUAAUGCAUCAAAAGAUGAAUGCAAUUUUGACAGCAAAAUACAAGAAUAUCGAUCUAAAUAUCUAAUGUUAGCUUGCAGCAUACA